AUGGCAGGUUUACAGACUCGAUCUACCAUGUUCAGCCCUAUCUCUCUGUCGUCGGCUUUCCGAAGCCUUUCUCUGUCGACACCAAAGCGUUGCUUCUCCACCACUCCUGUACCUCAAACAACUAUUCAACUUCCGGAUAACAUCCCACCCUAUCCUUAUGGCGCUCGUCAGUGGUAUAAGCAGGCAGACACAGGUCUUUACGGCAGCGCCAUGAUCCGUUUUGGUAACAAGAUCUCUAAGGGUCGCAACGAGGGCAAAACACGACGAACCUGGAAACCCAAUGUCCGCAAGAAGAAGAUCCGCAGCGACGCACUCGAUGAGGACCUCUUCAUCAAAGUCACUCGUCGGUCACUCCGCACAAUCUGGAAGGAAGGAGGUCUUGACAAUUACCUCUUGAGUGACAAGGUCGGCCGCAUUAAGGACCUCGGUAUAUUCGGAUGGCACCUACGGUGGAGGGUCAUGCAGACACCUGUGAUGCAAGAGCGAUUCAAGGCAGAGCGGGAAAAGCUCAAGCUACCCGAACCUCAAACAUUUGAGGAGUGGAUGAAGGAUAAGGAGGAGGAGAUUGAGGCCAAGGUCGAAGAGAGACUGAAUAUCAAGGCCAUCACAAAACCCCGUGGAAAGGGACGAGCUGACCCCCAAAGGCUCGCUAUCAAAGCCGCUGUUGAAGCCGCUGAACAGAACCUGCAAGCCGGAGCGGCGACUUUCUAG